AGUGUAAAACAUUUUCAUAACGAUACACACAGGAAUGACUAACCUAAUUAGAACUAACAAUAUGUUUAGUGAUAUGUGCUAAAUAGUGAUUGUGAUUGCAAACACUAACCAUGGAUGAAAGUGAACAGGAGAUUGUGAAAAAAUACAAAAGUUUACCCAGGAUCAAACGGAAGGAGACAUGGAGAAAAACCAGGCUGGACACAUGGUUCGGCCGGCCGAAGAAAGGCGGCGGCAUCGAGCGAGGCUACGACACAGUGCCCCGAGCGGAGCCGAGUCGAGCCGAAGAUGACGAGCCGAACGCCGCCAACGAGUAUACUAGCAAGAUCGACGCGCUGGACGAUAAUCAGCUGCAGAGGAGGUUCGAGGAGAUGCUGUCGGACAUGAAUCUCAGUGAAGAGAAGAAAGCGCCGCUCAGGAAAUACUCACGGGACCAGAAGAAGAAGAUGCUGGUUGCUUACAAAUUCGUCAACGCGCAGGAAGGCCGAUCGAAAUUCGAAAAGCCCUCAGACUAUGUAUCAUACCUAAAUCAGCCUGAACUCUCCGUGGGCAAACUACACAGUUGCCUAGAAAACUUAAGGAUAGCCCUGACCAAUAACCCUCUGUCGUGGAUUGAAGAAUUCGGGACGAAGGGCAUUGAGAGUAUAUUGACUACGCUAAAUCUAUGUUAUACCAAUGACUCCCGCUACGAUCGAGUGCAAUACGAGUGCAUCCGGUGCCUGUCCGCCAUCUUGAACAACACAGUCGGCAUCAGGACCGUCUUCGAAUGCAGAGAGGCGUUACCAGUCCUGGCCAGGAGCUUGGACGCGAGGAAACCGCACUGUGCUUUAGAAGCGGCCAAGGUGUUGGCAGCCAUAUGCCUCAUUCCGAACGGGCACGAGAAGGUUCUAGAAGCUAUCACAAUGGCUGGAGAAUCGAACAGGAAGCCUCGACUGCUGUGCAUCGUCGAGGGGCUGGACAGCAAAGCUCCUGAGAGUUUAAAGAACGGCUGCAUGCAGCUCAUAAACGCCAUAAUAACGGAACCGGAAGAGUUGGAGUUCAGAAUGCAUUUGCGGAGCGAAUUCAUGAGGACCGGCCUGCAAGAUUUAAUAGAUGAAUUACGAGCGGGCGCGGAAGGAGCCCGACAGAUCCAGAUGACGGUGUUCGACCAACACGCCGCCGCUGACCAGGACGAGUUCCUAGCCAAGUUCGAUGACGUCAGAGUGGACUUCCACGAUGCCAACGAGUGUUUCGAGCUAGUAAAGAACUUGGUAAUGGACACACCAGCGGAGCCAUACCUGCUCUCCAUACUGCAACAUUUGCUCUUCAUACGGGACGAUGAACUAAUAAGGCCAGCAUACUACAAAUUGAUAGAGGAAUGCAUCACGCAAAUAGUUCUCCACAAGAAUGGCUACGACCCCGACUUUAGAGCCACUCAGCGAUUCAAUAUAGACGUCCAACCGCUUAUAGAAGGACUGAUAGAAAAAUCAAGAGCAGAAGAAGAAAGGAAAGUGGACGAACUGAAGCAAAAGCUAGAGGCCGCUAUAGCAGCGAGACAGGAAGCCGAAGCAAGAGCGGAACACCUAGAACAGCGUUUAAAGGGCUCCCCUGCAGGCCCGGGAGGCGUCACACAUGGGAAUAUAGCUGCUAUUGCUAAGGCGAUAGGCAGUCCCGGGGGCCCCGCACCGCCACCGCCGCCGCCGAUGCCGGGAGGAGGCCCGCCCCCGCCGCCGCCUAUGCCUUCAGGUUUCGGGCCGCCGCCGCCGCCUCCUAUGCCUUCAGUAGGCGGCGGGGCCCCGCCCCCGCCGCCGCCCAUGCCGGGCGGGCCGCCGCCGCCGCCCAUGCCCGGCAUGGGCCCUCCUCCGCCCCCGCCGCCGCCUAUGAUGGGUGGGCCACGACCCCCGCCGAUGAUGGGGGGACCCAUGGCGCCCAGGAUGCCCCAACCCGACGUUUUACCUCACGGUCUGAAGCCUAAGAAGAAAUGGGAGGGAGGACCUCUGAAACGAGCCAAUUGGAAGACCAUCAUUCCUGCCAAGAUGUCCGAAAAAGCCUUUUGGGUCAAGGUACAAGAAGAAAAGAUGGCGUCACCGGAUAUCCUCACUGGCUUAGCGCUCAAGUUCUCAAGCAAACCUGUCGCUAAGAAGAAUGAAGAUGCUGUUGAUAAAGUCCACACGCUGAAAAAAGUGAAAGACCUCAAAGUACUGGACAGCAAAGCGGCGCAAAAUCUGUCUAUCCUACUGGGCGGGUCUCUGAAACACAUGUCGUACGAACACAUACGAACGUGUGUGCUCCGGUGCGAUACCACUGUGCUCUCGGCGCACGUUCUCGACUUGCUUAUACAGUACUUACCACCCGCGGACCAGCUGAAAAAGCUAUCGGAGCUAAAAAACAAGGAAGAGCUAACUGAGGCGGAGCAGUUCGCGGCCACAGUGGCCGACGUCAAGCGGCUGGUGCCGCGACUGCGGAGUCUGGCCUUCAGGGAACACUACUCGGAGAUCAUCUCUGAAGUCAAACCGGACAUCGUGUCAGGCACAGCGGCGUGCGAAGAAGUGAAGUCUAGCGGCAAAUUCGCGAAGAUUCUAGAACUAUUGCUGCUGCUAGGGAACUAUAUGAACACUGGCUCCAACAACGCCGGCGCUUACGGCUUUGAAAUCAGCUUCUUGACUAAGUUAACAGCAACAAAAGACUUAGAAAAUAAACAAACGUUACUGCACUACCUGGUGGAUACGAUCGAAAGGAAGUUCCCCGAUGCGCUCAACUUCGCCGAAGAAAUGCCUCAUAUAGACAGAGCGGCGCGCGUAUCGAUGGAGAGCGUCCAAAAGGCGCUGAAGAAGAUGGACAACGACAUACGAGCGUUGGAAACGGACCUCAACAACUCCCGAGUGCCUCAGGAGCCUGACGACAAGUUCCACGAGACCAUGAGCUCAUUCGCGAAAGAGGCCAGGGAACAGUGCGACCUACUACACUCCAUGUUCCGAAAAAUGGACGCCUUAUACACGGAGCUAGCUGAAUACUACGUCUUCGACCCACACAAGUACACUCUAGAAGAGUUCUUCUCUGAUAUCAAGACUUUCAAGGACUCUUUUGCUGCGGCUCAUCAAGAGAACAUAGUAGCGAGAGAAACGGAAGAGCGAGCGAGACGGGCGAGGGAAGCCCGCGCCACGGCAGAAAGAGAAAGAAGAGAUCGGCAACACAGAUACAAACAGUUGGUCGACAUGGACCGAGCACAAGACGGUGUUAUGGAUAGUUUAAUGGAGGCCCUACAGUCAGGGUCAGCGUUUAGCAGAGAGCGGCCGAGAAAAAAGGCGAAUCCGCGGGUAGCGGGAGCUGAACGGCGCGCGCAGUUGAGCCGCUCGCGGUCGCGAUCCGGCCUCACGGGACCGCUUACCACGAGGGAACUGACUAACGAGUUGCUUAGCAACGCGUGAUAGCUCAUAUCAAGUGAUACUAGUACCUAGUAUGUAGCAUAUACUCCAGUCAACAAGGAUCGAUACUUAUGAGUACUCCAGUAGGUGAUUUUUAUUAUGUCCAAUGUUCUAGACGGAUUAUUGGAGAUUUAUGACGUUUUAAAGCGAUAGAAUUAAAUGGAAUUAAAUUUUGUACCUAAAUGUGUUUUGCAAACUUUUUUUGAGUGUGUCUGGGCAUAUUUUAUGCCAAGUAAAAGCGUUUGUUUUUCAAUAAGUAUAUUGCACUGCGCACGUAUGGAAUAUGUUAACUACAAAGAAAAUAGAAAAACAAAAUACUUUACAAUUUUGAUCUAGGUUUGAUAGUGCAAUACGUACCUUAGUUUGAAACCUAAUAACUAAAAAAGUUUGUAUAUUUUUUGUAAAAACGCCCCAAUAAUACAGUAUUCCGUCCUGGAUUUUUAAAACACUUGUGAUGUAUUUUAUAGUCGAGUUAUUUUGACUGUUACAAGCCUUGUUGAUUGGACUAGAGAUAAGUCUCACAUAGAAUUGUCUACUUAAUGUAUCUUCAUCAAUUUUUGUAUGUACAUUUUAAAUAUUUUAUAUAGAAUUGAAUUUUGUAAACGUAGUCAUUCGUGCUUUGUCAAUUUUUUUUAUUAUGAUUUUGAAAUUAUUUGGCAUACUAUGGUACUUUUAUUCAUAUUAAACGUGUAAAUUCGGGCAACUCACGUAGAAUUGUCGAAGGUAGCUCGACAUGUUUCGCUCCGUAACGAGGAGCAUUUUCAUUGAGCACGCGCGAUGCCGAUGGUAUCCCAACGGAGCGAAACAUGUCGAGCGACCUUCGACAAUUCUACGUGAGUUACCCGAUUUUACAUGUUUAAUAUAUGUCAGACUGUCAGUGUCUGACGGUAGUUUUAUUCAUUCAAAAGUGACUCAGUCUACGAAAAUAAAUCCUUAUUCAAUUUAAAAAUUGAAGGAAAAUAUUAAUAGUGAUGGUAGUGCCUAUAUUAGGCCUUUUUAUAGGCCUAAUUGAUUAAAAAGGCAUUUUCAAAAAUUUUGACCCCUAAUUAGUGAAAUUUGCUAACAAAAAUUUAACAUCAAAACAUAUGUCAGUUUUGUGAUAACAAUUAAGUUUGAAAUUUUAAUAACAAUAUUGCUUUUGUGUUAAUUACAUGGGUGAAUCA